AUGGACAAUCAAGGUGAAGGGCCUGUCGUCUCCCUCUCGGAGCCAGGCAUCAAAGCUCAAGGCCAGCUAUUACACGACAUGCGCAGGGAGGUCGCCAGUCUUCUUAAGAGAUCAUCGACUGGUUUUCCUGGCGCCCAGCCCGUGAGCUUUGCGAGACAGCAUCUUGACGAGCUUGCCCAGCACGAUUACUACGUUGUUGAGAAGUCCGACGGCAUCAGAUAUCUUCUUUAUUCGACAAACGACGAGGGCGGAAACGAGGCGCACUAUCUCAUCGAUCGCAAAAAUGACUUCUGGUACAUCCCCAACAGGUUCUUCCACUGUCCUACCGAGGCCUCCCCGACCUCUUUCCACACAAACACGUUGAUCGAUGGCGAGCUGGUCUGGGAUACGAACGCGGACAAGAAGCGCGUUCCCGUGUUCUUGGUCUUCGAUUGCCUGGUGCUAGACGGUGCCCUACUCAUGGAGCGAACACUCGACAAGCGACUUGCAUACUUCGACCAGAGAUUCUAUCGUCCGUACAAGAGGCUCUAUCAGGAGUUUCCCCAGGAACUAGAGUUUCAACCUUUCAUAAUCGAGAUGAAGAAGCCACAAUUCGCCUACGCCAUCGACAUGAUGUUCAAAGAGAUCCUGCCUCGGCUGAAGCACGGCAACGACGGUCUCAUUUUUACUUGUCGCACCACGCCCUACAAGCACGGCACCGAUAACCACAUCCUGAAAUGGAAGCCCCCGGAGGAAAACACCAUCGAUUGCCGCCUCCGCCUAUUCUUCCCAGCAGUCGAGCCUACCGAAGCGGACCGUCGCGAAGGUAUCGCCGAGCCCUUCACCGACUACGACAGCGUUCCAAAGGCCGACCUAUAUGUGUAUACGGGCGGCAACGGCCCUGAAAAAUACGAGUACUUCAAUCCUGUGUACAUUACCGAGGAGGAGUGGGAGAUUCUGAAGUCUCUCAACGACCCCUUGGAUUGGCGCGUCGUAGAGUGCAAUAUCGACGAGCAGGGACGAUGGCGCAUCCUUCGUUUCCGCGAUGACAAGAACGAAGCUAACCACAUCACCACAACGAAGAGUGUGCUUCAGAGCAUUGAGGAUAGAGUAUCAGAAAAGGAUCUCUACAGAGCAGCCGGUGACAUAAAAAAUGCAUGGAAGGCAAGGGCUAGUAGGACUGCUUCUAGAUAG